GUUGUCACCUCAUAUAUCGCAAUGAAAAUGACAUUUCCACGACAUACAUCCAAUUUUUCCCAGAAGGUAAAUUUAGGCUGGUCGUCCAUCUCCCAGCUUCAUUGGUUCCUGGCACAGCACUGAAGGAACAGAAAUGACAGAGACCUCUUUCCACUAGGAGCCAAUCAGACGAGCUGGAACACGUGGAUGCAGUAGAUUCCGAAGCUAUUCCUACACGGUACAUAUGCAGUUAUUGUCCGGGUGUGAGAUGAGAGAGAGGGCAAGCAGGGGGUUCGACAUCGAGAGAGAGAAAAACAUCCUUCCAACCUAAAAAGGUAUAUCUCUAAAGAAAACAAAAUGAGCAGUAGGUUUGAGGGCAAUAUCUCUGACAGAUCCGAAUGUAAAAGUAAAUCGCCAACUUUGUUCUCCUCGUACUGCAUAGAUAGCAUAUUGGGCAGGAGGAGCCCAUGUAAAGAGAAAGUCACGGACCAGCAAAGUUUAUCAAAGCUGAAGGACAGAACUGAACACGACUUAACGGCUGACGCAGGCUCUGCUAAAGAUGGACUCUCUUUGGAUUCGGAGGCUCAUCCAUCAAAACUGCGCCGGCAGUACGGUCAUGAAGGGAAGCGUUUGGACACCAGCGGGGACUUUCAGGAGCUUGGUGACCAGGGACAGCGGGAGAGGCUACCUGGCUAUACCUGUGAUAAUCUAAAAAUCGUUCAGGCGCCACAGGUCAGUAUCAGCCGUACCAAGUCAUACAGAGAGAAUGCAUCUUUCAACCAGAACACUGGAGUCAAAGAGCUACGUGCAGAACACGUCGUUGAACUAGACGCACUGAAGAUCGAAGUCGGAGCUAUGAAAAAAGAAGGAUGCAGGGAGGUGGAUUUGUCUCCGAAAGCCGAAGAGGGACUUAAUAACAAUGUGGAUUUAAAAGACGGUGAGGACAGCGUGUGCCUGUCUGCUGGCAGUGACUCAGAGGAUGGAAUGCUAAAGCGCAAGCAGAGAAGAUACAGAACCACAUUCACCAGUUACCAGCUCGAAGAGCUCGAAAGGGCAUUCCAGAAAACGCACUAUCCGGACGUAUUCACCAGAGAAGAACUAGCGAUGCAGUUAGACCUCACAGAAGCGCGAGUACAAGUCUGGUUCCAGAACCGGAGAGCCAAGUGGAGGAAACGGGAGAAGGCGAGUGUUCAAACGCACCCCCCCGUCCUGUCAUUUCCCAGUCCUCUCGUAGCAGCCCACCCGCUCAGCCACUACCUCGAGGGCAGUCUGUGCACACCGCAUCCCCACCCUGCCUUGGAGUCCUCUUGGGCUGCUGCUGCUGCCGCCUCAUUCCCAGGGCUCCCACCCCCUCCUGCAGGCUCCACCGCUCCCCUCGGACUCAGCACCUUCCUGGGUGCAGCCAUGUUCAGACAUCCUGCUUUCAUAAGCCCAAACUUUGGCAGACUGUUCUCUGGCAUGGGACCCCUAACCAGUGCUUCCACGGCUGUCUCACUUCUGCGGCACCCCGCCCCCCUGGUGGAGGCCCCAAUCCGACCGCCUGCUUUGGCGGAGUCCACCUCCACGUCUGCUGAUCGGCGGGCCUCCAGCAUCGCAGCACUCCGACUCAAAGCAAAAGAACACUCAGCCCAGCUCACCCAGCUGAACAUCCUGACCUCCAGUGGGGCUGGGAAGGAGGUGUGCUGAUUUCUCCCCAUAUACUCACGCACACACACACACACACACACACACGCACACGAGAAUGAGCAUGACCAAAGCUAUAAAGGACAGGCAACUCACACACCUGAGUCAACUGCAUCAUGAAUGUCACGCUUUCCUUGACCUCACACCCUCCUCUGAACCCGUCUGCCUAGCAGAUCCCUUCAGCACUCCUCCAUUCCCCACCAUGCUUCACUGUCCCCCCACCUGACCUCACUUUGGUCCCCUGCACCUUUCCUGUACCCAUGGAUCACAGUCUUUUGAGAGGUCAAGCAACACCCACCAAUCUGUGCUGUCCAAAAAACCACGAAGAACAUGUUAUUCUAUAGCACCACUGGGGAGAGAAAGACAAGUUUUUCCUUCAGCAAUCCAGUGCUCUCACUUUAUUUGUACAAAAUGCCAAAGGAAACAACCGCCAUUGACCAUGUUUUUUUAUACUUACUUUAUGAUGGAAAGUACUUUUGUUCAUAAUUCAGUAAUAAAUUGACAAAAUGAGGAAAAAUGGCAAAACUGAGUUUAUUUAAAAAUAUUUUUUUGUUUUAUCUCAGUGGCCUCAAAAAGUAUUUUAAUGGUCGAGUGGAAUUUGUUAAUUUUGCUGUAUACUUAAUCCAUGAAUGAAUGAAUAGGAGACAAAAGUACAGACAAUCGGUUUUUUCCAUGGUAAGUACAUGCUUAUAUGUUUUGCCAUUUUACCAUAGAAACAGUUGUUUUUGUGUUGAGUUUUCAGCUGUGCAAAUGUUAACAGAGAGGACAGAAGAAUUCAUUUAGAAGGAAAGCACAGAAACCUGGUAUACAAAGUACUGCAGUUUGGAAAGUCUUGUAAAAGAAAGAAACCACUGGUGGACUCAGAAAUAAAUACCGUACUAAUAACCGUAACCGUAGGUCGGCCAAGGAAGGCAACUAUUAAGAAAAACCCUAAAACAACAGUCAGGGACAUGAAGUCUGCAGAGGGUAGGGAUGAAAAUAUCACAAGCUACCGUAUGCACAAGAGAGACUAUACUGCAAUAUAGAGGCUAUACUAAGAUGCAAACCUCUCAUCAGCAGCAGAAAUGGAAAGGCCAGAUUAGAAUUAGCCAAACAAUGCAGAGACAACCCAGUAGAAUUCUGUAACAAAGUUUGAUUGGAUUUAUU